UCUGAACAGAUGUCAGCCAAGGAAGCCGGGCCAGCGCCAGAUCAAGUUGCUGCUGCCAGCUCUCGCGAGCUUUGUCAGUAAGAGUUGACUGAAAUGUCAGAGCUGGGCAAUUCACAGGCAGGGCGGCUGCUGCAUCCCGCCUUUCCCCGAAGUAUUCUAUGACUGCCACUUUGCAAACUUCGUCAUCCUUUUCUGCAGUGAUUCGGAAUAUUUAAACAAAGCCAAGAAAACAGCAUAGAUCAUCUUUCCAGUGCGCUGAGAAGGAGCCUGCACUACUCUGCACACCCAAAGAGAAGCAGCCCGGGGUCACAGGAAUCAACAUGCAGACCCAGCGCACCACCGUCGCACAGACCCACUUCCUCAUGUCCUUUCUACUGCUUGGCAUGCUUUUUGGGAAGUCACACGCUGAAGAAGACUUCAUAGUCACAACCAAGACGGGAAGAGUCCGGGGGCUGAGCCUGCCGGUUCUAGGUGGCACGGUGACUGCUUUUCUCGGAAUCCCCUACGCACAGCCUCCUCUUGGAAAGCUAAGAUUCAAAAAGCCACAACCCUUAAGCAAGUGGCCUGGCAUCCAUAAUGCCACCAAAUAUGCUAGCUCUUGUUAUCAGAUCAUAGAUCAAACCUUCCCAGGCUUCCAGGGGUCGGAAAUGUGGAAUCCGAACACAAACCUCAGCGAAGACUGCUUGUAUCUGAACGUUUGGGUUCCAGCACCUAAACCGAAAAAUGCCACUGUCAUGGUAUGGGUUUAUGGUGGUGGCUUUCAAACUGGGACUUCCUCUCUACCUGUUUAUGAUGGGAAGUUUCUAGCUCGGGUUGAAAGAGUUAUUGUAGUUUCAAUGAACUAUAGGCUAGGUGCCCUAGGAUUUCUAGCUUUACCUGGAAAUUCUGAGGCUCCAGGGAACAUGGGCUUAUUUGAUCAACAGUUGGCACUUCAGUGGGUCCAAAGGAACAUAGCUGCCUUUGGAGGGAAUCCUAAAAGUGUAACGCUUUUUGGUGAAAGUGCAGGAUCAGCAUCUGUGAGCUUACAUUUGCUUUGUCCCCAAAGCUACCCUCUGUUUACCAGAGCCAUUCUGCAAAGUGGAUCUUCUAACGCCCCCUGGGCAGUAAAGUCUCCAGAGGAAGCCAGAAACCGAACUUUGACCUUAGCUGAAUUUGCUGGCUGCUCAAAAGAGAAUGAGACUGAGAUGAUUAAAUGCCUUCAAAAUAAAGAUCCUGAGGAAAUUCUUCUGAACCAAAGGUUCGUUCUCCCCUCUGAUUCCCUCUUAUCGAUAAAUUUCGGUCCAACGGUGGAUGGUGAUUUUCUCACUGACAUGCCCCACACACUACUUCAACUCGGACAAGUGAAAAAAACUCAGAUCUUAGUAGGCGUUAACAAAGAUGAAGGCACAUCUUUUCUAGUGUAUGGUGCUCCUGGUUUCAGCAAAGACAAUGACAGUCUCAUCACUCGGAGAGAGUUUCAAGAAGGUUUAAAUAUGUAUUUCCCAGGAGUGAGCAGCUUGGGAAAAGAAGCAAUCCUUUUCUACUAUGUGGACUGGUUAGGUGACCAGACACCGGAAGUCUACCGUGAGGCCUUGGAUGAUGUAAUUGGAGAUUACAACAUCAUAUGCCCCGCGUUGGAGUUUGCUAAGACAUUUUCAGACCUUGAAAAUAAUGCCUUUUUCUACUAUCUCGAACACCGAUCUUCCAAAAUUCCUUGGCCUGAAUGGAUGGGAGUUAUGCAUGGCUAUGAAAUCGAGCUUGUCUUUGGCUUACCACUGGAAAGAAGAGCUAAUUAUACCAGAGCUGAGGAAAUUUUGAGUCGAUCCAUGAUGAAAUUUUGGGCAAAUUUUGCAAAAUAUGGAGAUCCCAAUGGAACCCAGAGCAAUAGCACAAUGUGGCCUGUCUUCACAAGUACGGAACAAAAAUAUCUAACCUUGAACAUAGAGAAGCCAAGAAUAAACUCUAAGCUCCGUGCUCCUCAAUGCCAAUUUUGGAAACUAUUUUUUCCUAAAGUCUUGGAAAUGACAGGAAAUAUUGAUGAAACAGAACAAGAGUGGAAAGCAGGAUUGCAUCGUUGGAGCAAUUACAUGAUGGACUGGAGAAAUCAAUUUAACGAUUACACUAGCAAGAAAGAGAGUUGUAUGGGUCUCUAAUUAAUAGAUUCACCCUUUAUAGAAUGUCCAUUUUCCUGUAGAUGAAAGCAAAAAUACCAGUAGCUCUCUUUGCAUAUACCAAGAAUGCUAUUAUACAACCAAAGGAGAAAUGCCAGAGGAGAAUAUUGAUUCCUCACAUCUUUCACUCAGUAUUUUACCUAAUGUUUCAGAGCCGAGUCACUAGAAGUUGUUUUUAUUAAUUUUCAGAAUAUAAACUUUGAGAAUUAAUUAGGUCUAUAUUAAUACAACAUGCUACUUUGAUCUUACCUUCCUGAAUAAUAUUACUGUUUUUACCUAAAAGGUACAUACCCUGUUUUUAUUCACUCCUGUAUUAUCAGAAUCAUAUAUAUAAAAGUAUCUUAAAAAAUGGAAUCAGAUUUUGAAACACUGAUGUUACCAUUUAUAUUAGUUUUUCCUAUAAUUUAUUUACAAAUCUAGUGUUAAUAUGAAAUAGUAAAACAACUAAAAUUUGGCUAUUAAUAUAUAGAGAGCCAAGGGAGAAUAUAAAAAUAAGAGCCAUGGUAUCUGGGAAAGGUUACAGUGAAAUAAGAUAUGACUAGCACAAACUUUGGAAUUUUAUGUACUAUUGAAAAUCAAACCAAUUUGUUAUCGUGCAUAAGAAAACAUGUUUCAGGCAUCAUUUCCUGAAUAUGACUUUUCAUAUGAAACAGGUCCCAUCCAAGAAUUCCACAGCCAAAGAAAACACGGGACUCCUAAAAGAGAACCCUUUGCCUCCACACUGUGGUGUGGGGUGGACAGCAGAAAUCAGUGUAUAGCAAUUCUUGGAUGUUGUACCUUUAACAGAUUUACAAGUGAAACAAAUAAUUUUUUUAAAUUACUCAUGAAAUAAAUGUAAGUGAAUCUAAACUCUGCAUCACAUCAGUCCUCUCUAGGGUUAAUACAUGAAGAAUUGUUACUAUAGCAUUAAAUAAAGUCAUAUAGCUGUCACGUUAUUUAGGUGAAUAUUUUGGUUCAUGUCUCAAAAUAUGACAAAUAAUUAGUAAGUCUUCGAUUAUAAAAGAAUAAGUGUAGCUAAUCCAGGCAGUUUAGAACAUUAUUUUGAUCAAUUAUUUAUAUAUUGCAAAGUGUAAUUUUUAGUUGGUUAGUGUUCAAAUUUUGAUUUAUACAGACUAAAGCAGUAAGUCUCAUUUCUUUAAAAAAUAUCCUUGUUAUAUAUUCUAAUUUUUGAAAAAUAGUAUGCUGAAGAUUAUAAAGACGGGAUAAUUUAAAAAGUGAAGUAAUUAAAUUCUUGUCAAUCUGAUAAUGUCUUGGAUAAUUAUUAAGUGACACAAUUAUCCUAAUGCCUAAUAAGCAGGACAAUCUACACAUUGCUGAAGAAGACAACAAAAUCAAUAGUGAAAUUUCAUAGCCUGGUUGUCUAUACUGUGCUCAACAGCACCAGUCCUCUUUAUAAACUUGUUUGCAAAGGAUAGUAUGUAGAAUGAAAGUGGAUUUACCUAAAUGUACUGAAUGUAAAGCAUUAUUUACAAUCCUUCUACACUGCCAAAGAAUAAAGAGAAUUCCAUCAUCAGAUCUAAAAAUGCAUACAAAUAUGUAUUAGGGUUCUUUAAUGGGAGAGAUAAAAUGAAUACAUAUAUUAGAAAGGAAUUUAUUUGAGUGACUUAGGGGUUAUAUAUUAGUAGUUCAAUAAUGGCUGCCUCAUACUAGAGAGGCCUAGAAUAUAGAUGUUGUUCAAUACACAAGGCUGGAAGUCUCAGCAUUCCCAUUCAGGUGCUGGAAGCCUGGAGAAAUCCUACAGAGCUUCUGGCCCUGAGUCUACUUUGAAAUCCCAAAGAAGUAGGUUCUAAUAUUAGGGAAGGGAUGUCACAUCAACAGGAUAGAUGAACUUACUUUCAAGAAUUAGGCCACUCAGGUAAAAUGCAAAAUUUCUUUCUUCCAUGUCCUUUCAUAUGAGCUACUACCAUAAGGUGCAUCAUACAUUUAGGAUGGAUCUUCCAGUUUCAAAUUCCCUGAUCUAGAAAAUCAUUCAUAGGAAUGUCCUGAAGCUUGCAAAUCAGUUUGACUCCAGCUACCGUCAAAAUAACACCAAAAUUAGACAUUACAAACCCAUCCCUUGACAGCAUGACAUACAGCCACAUUUCCUUAAGUAAUGCUUGAUUUCCAAAUGAAAGCAAUAAUCAGGUCAUAAUUACACCUAACAUUCUAUAACUGUCCCAUGCACAACUAUAAAUGUAUUAUCUAUUUUAGAAUAGUUAGCAAAGUCCCUUGAAGAAUGCUUAGUCUUUUGUGUCUUUCAACUUAAAUAUGAUAACACAGAUUUACAACACUUAACCAAUGAUAUUAUCUCAAUUGAUGUUACAAUGCAUGAUAAAAAAAAUAGAGGGAAGAAAUUGCAAAUAUCUGUGUAUACAUGCAAACAUGUUCUUUGCAUAAUAAGACAGAAAUUCAUAUCAAUUACAAUGAUUUCUGCAACUGAAUAUUGGCCAAUAUUUAUAACUAUAUUUCUCUACUAUCUGUUUUUUUUAUUUCCUCCUCCCUUAUCAAGCAGCUUACCUUUAUGAGUUUCCUAGAAUCUAUGUCAAUUAAAAACAAGUAUCCAACAGGCUAUGCAAAUCUGAUUGUUUAUUUUUCCUCAAUGCAUAGUUACUCUAGUAAAAUGCCACAGGUCCUUCUAUAAAAGGGCAGGAGAAAGAUUAACAAGAAAACUCUUCAAUAUGCUAACACAAUCCUAAUUCAGGGGAUCCUGGCCUUCCCUUCAUUCAAGGAGCUCUAGGUUUUCUAGGGCUCAGGUCUAGAAAUUGACAUACAGAGACGCCUUAUUGCGACAAUACAAUUUAUCCUUUCUUGUAUUUGUUCUAGAGUUUUCCCGCUUCCAUAGAUGAAACAAACACUUAAUAGGCUUCUAUCUAUUUUGUUCCUGGAAGCAGCAUGUUUCAUUAGCCAGUACCAAAGGUUCCCAUGGGUCAGACCUUUACACUCAUUGCUUUGUGUGUGCUGCCCAUUCCAAUACCUAGUCUUGUCUUACCUUUGACAAUUCAGUGGUGCCACCUGAUCUCUGCAACUCAGAGGCUCAAUUAAACCCAUUAUGAUUAAUUUAUCCAUUGAGCAGCAGCAUCUUCAAUCCUAAGAUCUGACACAAGGAAAAGAGCAACGACAAAGCUGUUCAAACGUGCUGAUGCCUGCCUCAGCGUUUUCUGUGCUAUAUUUUCCAUGUCAGCCACUCACCUUUUUCUAUAGUGAAAGGCAUGUAUUCUUGACCUUAUUACAGUGAAGGAAGAGAUUUUACACGGGUUCUCUACUCCAACAUUCCAAAUCCUAGAGUCUUAUCAUCAACAAUAGGCCAAGAUACAGCCGGCAUAUCCAGAUCCCUCUAAGUAGAAUACCAUUUGAAAACUACAUCAGCCUACCAAUCAUAUAAACCUUUGGUACUCCUUUUUAACUAUGAAAACUUCCAUAUUAAACCCAGAAUCACCACAAAGAGGGUCUAUAUCAAUAAUCUUAGCCUGAUCCAGUUUUAUGUUCCUUCUACCACAAUCCCACACCCUUAAGAUCCAUUCUCAUGAGUAUUACCUUGACCUCUACUUGAAUGAACUGAAACGUUCAUUAAUUUUUUUUAAUAAUGUAGUGCCCCUCGCAGACCUCACUACUAGGGCCACUCUUAGUCUCCUUAAAGAUUACAGAUAACAAUUAGUAGGCACCAAGGGACAUCUGUAUUGUCUUACCUAGCAUUCCCUUUAAGGGAGGUAAUUUUGAGUUCUGUGUACAAUACAGGUUCAGUUCUCUCAGGCAACGAUGGAGAGAGCAAUACUAGGAGGGAUGCUUUUGGGGUGUAUGUUCUUAUAAGAGUGGGGAGACAACUUUCUCAGGUGAGAUAAUAUAGUGGUUUGAAUGAGAAUGCCCCCUUCCACCCAGGAUCAGCUAUUGAUGGUGUUGUUUGGGAGGUUUAAGGGGUACAACUUUGCUGGAGGAGGUGUGUCACUGUGGAUAGGAUUUGAGAUUAUAUAACCUCAUCAUACCUCUAGUUCACCCUUUCUGCUUUGUGCUUGUGUUUGAAGACCUAAGCUCUCAGUUUCCUGUUACAGCCACCAUGCCUGCUGCUUGCUACCAUGCUUCCCACUGGGGACUCUUAUCCCUCUGGAAUCAUAAGCCCAAAUAAAUGCUUCCUUCUAUAA